CAGAAGGGUCAGUCCGUAGAGGUCGCUGCGCUAGCUAUUAGAUGAUUUAAGCGUGGAAGGGGAAUUUCCUCCAGCCCCUCGAGAGACCCAGUCCUGGACAUGAUCCCUGAGCAAGCGGCGCUAGGACCCCCGGGCAGAGUCUCGGAGAAGGGAGUCGAGGGGGGUGGGAUGGGAAAUACCUUACAUGGUCCCCCGAGUUCUUCAACUGAGCCCGCCGCCCAAAAUAGUCCGGACCGCCUGCUGGCCUCCCAGUGUACCGUGCAAUGGCUGCUGCCUCUCACUCCGUGCAAUUGGGUGCUCCCUGGGGACCCUCGUGCCCAGAGCCCCCUCCCACCCGCUUCCACCGGGUGCACGGAGCCAACAUUCGCGUGGACCCCUCAGGGACUCAGGCCACACGAGUGGAGAGCUUCGCCCACGGUGUGUGCUUCAGUCGCGAUCCUCUGGCUCCUGGCCAGAUAUUCUUGGUCGAGAUCGAGGAAAAAGAGCUGGGUUGGUGUGGGCAUCUGCGUCUUGGCCUGACUGCGCUGGAUCCUGCCAGUCUGGCUUUUGUGCCAGAGUUUUCGCUACCUGACCUGGUCAGCCUGGGCCACACCUGGGUCUUCGCCAUCACGCGCCACCACAACCGUGUGCCCCGGGAGGGCCAGGCAGAGGCAGAGGCAGUGGCCCCCAGCCAACCCCCAUCCCUCCUGGUGGAGCCUUAUCUGUGCAUUGAGCAGUUCCGAAUUCCCCGGGACCGCCUGGUGGGCCGAAGCCAGCCUGGACUAUAUAGUCAUCUCUUGGACCAGCUCUAUGAACUGAAUGUGUUGCCUCCUACCGCUCGCCGCAGCCGCCUGGGCGUUCUCUUCUGCCCGCACCCAGAUGGCACCGCAGACAUGCACAUCAUCAUCAAUGGCGAGGACAUGGGCCCCAGCGCGAGGGGGCUGCCAGCUGCCCAGCCUCUCUAUGCCGUGGUGGACGUGUUUGCCUCCACCAAAAGCGUGCGCCUGGUCCAACUGGAGUAUGGCUUGCCAUCCCUACAGACUCUGUGCCGCCUGGUGAUCCAGAGGAGUGUGGUGCACCGGCUGGCUAUUGAUAGGCUCCACCUGCCCAGGGGACUUAAGGAAUUCUGCAAGUAUGAAUGAAGGUCUGAGGCUACCCAGUGUGUGGGAGCAUGUCCUGGUCCCAGUGCUGCCAACAAGGACCAGCAAUAAACAGCAGAGGUGA